AUGAGGCAGGCGGGGGUACCUGGGGAGCCUGUUGGGUUUGGCGCUAGAGAUGCAGAAGGGUCAGCUGGUAUGACAGAGUUCCAGGUUGGUCAGCAAUUUCAGGAUAAGGAGAAUGCACUGUUAAGUGUGAAGACUUAUAGCAUCCGCCGAGGUGUACAGUAUAAGGUAGUGGAGUCUGAUUAUCGCUGUUAUGUUGGCAAGUGUUCUGAGUUCGGGAAUGGGUGCACAUGGUUGAUUCGGCUGAGUCUCCGGCAGCGUAAGGGCAUUUGGGAGGUCAAACGGUACAAUGGACCGCAUACUUGUCUGGCCAGCUCUAUCUCCAGCGAUCACAGGAGUUUGGAUUAUCAUGUGAUAUCGGCAUUCAUUAUGCCAAUGGUUAGGGCCGAUGCAUCCGUCAGUAUCAAUGUGCUCCUAAAUGCGACUGCCUCACACUAUGGGUUUAUGCCUACCUACAGGAGGGUCUGGAUGGCGAAGCAGAAGGCUAUUGCCCUCAUUUAUGGUGACUGUGAUGAGUCUUACAAUGAGCUUCCAAGGUGGGUGUUAGGAGUGCAGGUCACCAUGCCUGGUUCUAUUGCAGUUCUUCAGACUAGCCCUGUUCGAGUUGGGGGACAGCUGGACGAAUCUAAGGCUUAUUUUCACAGACUGUUCUGGACUUUUCCACCAUGUAUUGAGGCAUUUCGUCAUUGCAAGCCAUUGGUAAGUAUUGAUGGGACCCAUCUAUAUGGCAAGUAUGGGGGUACUUUACUUAUUGCAAUUGCACAGGACGAGAAUUCCAACAUACUCCCUGUUGCAUUUGCACUAGUCGAGGGUGAGAAUGCUGAGUCGUGGUCAUUCUUUCUCUCCCACCUCCGUCAGCACGUUACACCACAGCCAGGUCUGCUCGUUAUUUCUGAUAGGCAUAACGGCAUCAAGGCCGCGCUUGAGGCUCCCGACGGGAGCUGGCUGCCUCCCGUUGCGUACCGGACUUUCUGCAUUCGACACAUUGCAGCAAAUUUUGCCCUAACCUUCAAGGGUAAAGACGCAAGGAGGCUUCUCGUGAACGCUGCCUAUGCUAAGACCGAGGUUGAGUUCGAUUACUGGUUUGAUAUUCUUCGCUCGGAAGAUCCGGCGAUGUGUGAUUGGGCAAAUCGAAUUGAGUAUUCAUUGUGGACACAAUAUUGCGAUGAGGGCCGGAGAUUCGGUCACAUGACGACGAAUAUUUCCGAGUGUGUGAAUUCAAUCCUCAAGGGUGUGAGGAACCUUCCUGUAUGUUCGUUGGUGAAAGCAACGUAUGGUCGUUUGGCCGAACUUUUUGUUCGCAAGGGGAGAGAAGCCGAGGCCCAGCUGGGUACCAGACAACACCUUUCGACGAAUGCACUCACAAGCGGCUCGUCUAGUCGGAACCAUCUGUCGUUUAGUCUCGCAAGAUGGUAUAAUCUGGCCAUCUGCAAGUACGGAACGUACCACUCAUCGAGCCGCAUUCCCUGCUGGCGCCGCAUACUCGAUAUGCAACGCCGGGGCUGCGCAAUACACGGACCACAUGAUUAG